UUCACAAAGCAAUUCGGAUCAACUGCUCACACGUUACAGUGCAUUAUACUUAAUUAUAGUCAUUGUUUUCAAUAUGAGUCAAGUACAUACACUUACAACGAAUAGUAUUUUGAAAGCCGGAUUUACAUGUAAGCUAAUUACGACGUUUUCAAUAUGAGUCAGUUAUAAUAAUCAGAGUUCGUAAUGUGGAAGUAUACGUUGAUAUUCGUAGGACUUGUAACAGUCGGGCUUGGCCAAAGUUUGGAACCGAGCUCGUGUACGUGGCACGAGACAAACUUGAAGAUUAUUGAACGACUAGCUGUCCUUGAAACGAAGCAGAAAUUCCUUGAAGAGACAAUAUCCAGACAACAACAUUUCAUCGAUGAUUUGAUUAACAUUGUUAUGAAACAAUGGGGAUCUUGGUCAGAGUGGAGCGCAUGCGCAUUCAAGUGUAGUGGAAAUGACGUAGAUAAUGGGCGCACCCAAACCAGAACGAGGUUACUUAUGGAAGACAAUGUCGCCAUGCAAAAUGAAACCGAGCGACGGCCGUGUAACGCUGUGCAAUAUGCAGGAUGUGAGGCGUCGACCGGUCCGGACGACCAGUACGGUGUUGCCUAUGACUACCGUGACCAGAUGGCUCAGGCAACAUGUACCGCGUUAUUAGACACCGGCAGUACUCAUGUGUACGCCGUUAGGCGCGCAUGCUCCAACAUGACCGUGCCGUGUGCAGAAGUCUGCUCAAGUCUAAGCUUAACUUGUUUCAACUCCUUACAUGUGUACAAUAUCGGAACUCCGCUACCAUGGGGCGUUACUGGAAAGCAUAAUGGCCGGAUGUACCGUUACAACAGCUGUGCGGGAUCAUUUUGUGGACCGAACUUCUGCUGCUGCCGCGAAUAACCGAAACAGACUGGAUCAAUGUUAUAAAAAUAUUUAAUAUAACCUAUGAAACAUGCUGGUAUAAAGAUUAUUUAACGACGCGGUCUAUAAUUAUUUCCAGGUCUAUAUCAACAACAUAGUUUACAUCUUACAAUUAAAUAAGUGUUUUACCAUAUGAUUUUCUUCUGAAUGAUGUUUGGUUAUAUCGGUCUUUGACCUUUUUAUAGAUACAUAAUCAGUUCUAUUAUUAUAUCAUUGUUUUUUUUAGCAUAUAUAAUGUUAACUGUUAAGAAGGGUGCAGCGGGCGGAGCGAGCAAGUUUUUCAAAGACACUAAAAGUUAACAUAUUAUGCGGGAUUGGUUGGCUGAGUGAGAUGACGUUUUUUAAUGACGUCAUUAGCCUAUCCAUGGAUGUCGGCUCCAGUCUCAGACUCAGUCUUGUAAGCCAUAAUGCACAGAAAAAAUGUAACCCUGAUUGUAGCUACCCAAGUUAUUAAACUUGCGCGAGUUUAUGGGACUGUCACAAUUUGACUCCGCUCCGCUUAAAGUCCCUCCGAAAAGGCGAUUUCUUUUGUUAGUGGUGAAGCGGAACUUGCGACCCCUUGGUAAACAUUUAAAUGUAUUACUACAAUACUGCGGGACCAAAAACUGUCCUUGAGUAUAACAUUUUUUUUCAUCAGGCGGGGAACCAACUUUUGACGCCAAGUAUUGAAACUGAACUUCAUAAGCGUGAUUCUUUUUGAAGGCCGAUUGAUUGAAAACAUUCAUGUGAUGUAUAAACUAGUAUACAAGUUAUUUUCUAAAGAACAUAUUUUUAAACAAGUCAAGCUCAGAAAAUCAAAUAAUAAAAUGUUUGGUUGUUUUAAAUUAAACUAUAUAUGUGUAUCA